GCGGUAUGCGAGGGCGUCUAGCGCUGGCGGGCGGCAAGGGGCGCGUCGCUUCCGUUGAAAAUGGCGUGCGAUUAGCCAGACUUUCGAAAGCGCCCGGAUCCGGUUACGCUGCUUGAAGAUGAUCGCUCGAAUUUUGUUCGAUUGUCGGAUCGAAGAAGCCAAGGCCGAGCUCAUUUCCGCGUCUGCCACCCGCCGAUGUUCUUCUGGCGCCCGUCGUUGUCGUCGCCGCCGCCGCCGGCCAAGGAGAGCGCGCUCGUCGAGCUGCCCAUCGAGCUCCUCGCCAAGGUCCUUCUCUACUUGAAUCAUGUCGAGGCCCACCGGCUCGAAGCGACGCAUUCCAAGUUCCGAGCGCAAGUCGAAGGCUUCAACUGCUGGAAGGCCGACGCCGUGCUGAGCGUCGCCUUUGACAAGGCCAAGUGGUUCCAAUACGUCGCGGGCCUCCAUGGCCCGAUGCCAUCGCACCUCAACCGCCGGCAGUACCCGUGGAAGCGCCUUGCAUGCCUCGCGUCGCUCGCGACCACUGCCAAGUUUGGCCAGACCGAGCUCAUUCUCGAUGUCAUUAAGUACUCGUCGGCCGAUCGGGACAGCGAAGCCCCGGCCAACACGCUCAAGCCGUCCAAGUGCUUGCGCGAGAUCCAGCGCUACGAGCGCUCGGAAGAGCUCUUGCUGCCGUACAAUUUGCAGGAACUGCCAACGUUCACCAUGUUUCGGCUCCUCACGCGACGCAACUCGUCGCUCGGCGAGACGAUUCAAAUGCUGUGCGGCUGCUCAUCGGGCAACUCGUGCUACUGGAGCAGUGCGGCGUCGACCGAUCCGCAUGCGACCGACUCGAUCUACUACCGCAUGCGCGGACCGUGCGUCGUACAAUCGAUCGAGGUCGUGCCCUACCGCGUAUUUUGGCACCCGGGUGCACCCACGUACGGUCCGCGCCAAGUGUCUUUUUCGUUCUUUGCCGACGUGGCCGACACCGAGCCAUUUUAUACGACGCCCGCCUAUGACGUCCGCAACGAAAUGACGAGCCAAGUGUUUGCGCUACCCCAUCGGGUCGUGCUGCAAGGUGGCUACUUUGGCGUGAACCUCCUCGGACGCCAGCAAGCCCAGACGUUUGACAUUCCCGUAUGGAUGCAGCAGCCGGGCCCGGCGGACCUCGAAGCAAAUUUGCCCAAGUAUUACUGUUGCCUCAGUAAAGUGAGUGCCAAGGGCGUUUUCAUGGACCGUGCGCCGGCGACAGCAGCGCUUGCCAUGCCGUAGACGUCAUCUUCUUUUGCGUGUGCAUGAACCUUGCGUUUAACCCAUGAUAACAUCGUAUCCCGUCACCUUACA